AUGUCUCUUCGUAACCGCCUUGGGACUGGAAUCCCUUCAAUUAUCCUACUCGCUGGGACAAUAGUCCUACUAUUCUUAUUGAUCAUUGCCGGCGCAUACGAUAGACGCCCGCUGAACCAAAUUUUCUGGCUGCAAGCUGAUACUCGUGGUAUACCAAAUGCUCCAGACGGUAUAUGUCAUUGGACUUUGUAUAAUUUCUGCGAUGAACGCGAUGGCAAGAACUUCAACUGCCGAAAUAACAAUGCCGCAAACCCCUUCCUCCCCCAACGCAACUUCAACACAAGAACAAACAUUCCAGGCGACUUCCUGAAUAACCCCGAUCGCUACUUCUACCUAAGUCGAUUCCUAUACUCUUUCUAUAUUAUCGAUUUAGGGUUUGCUUUAAUGGCAUUGCUGGCGGGGCUGCUGGCACUUUGUUCAAGGAUAGGAGCGUUGGCGGCGGCAGCAUUAUCUUGCUUGACGUUAUUCUUUAUGACAUUCUCAGCUACUAUCAUGACUGCUUGCUUUGUUUUGGGGCAACGUGCAUUUAGGCGUGCAGGAAGAAAGGCACGUGUGGGUGUCAAAGCCUUUGCAUUCACAUGGACCUGUAUUUGCAGUCAGAGAAGACUUAACCCCAAUCUUGCCAAUCAAGAUGUACAGCUUAACGCUCCUGCUUUGUCGGUCCCUGCCGGUGGUACUGGGUACAACGAUGGCGUGUACCGUAAUGAGAUUUAG